AUGCCAAAUGUUAGGAUUCUUCUAAUCCUUACUGAAGAAUUACAGCAUCGUUUUGAGACAGAGCUACCUGAUGCUGUUAAGCAACCUUCAACCUAUACCAGGAAUUUUUUAGGAUUCUGUUCUUACCAAGCACUCAAUCUGGUGACUGCACAUCCAGAUUAUUUAAGUGACAAGGAGUUCCGUUGUUUAACCUUUGACAUGAUGCUUGCUUGGGAGGCCCCUGGUGUCAAGAAUGAGACACCAGACACAGAAACUGCUUCUUGCAGUAACCAGGAAGUGGAGGAUGAGGAUGAGUGGUCAUUAUUUUAUUCUAGUUCCACAAAAAUAGCUGUUCAGGUUGAUAGCAAGAAGACUGUUGGGACUGAGGCUUUUGCACGGAUAGCUCCUGCCUGUGCUUUUAUUGCAGAUAUAAUCACUGUCCACAAUCUUUUUGAUGGACUGACUAGUUCUUCUGGUCAUCGACUUCAUUUUCUCAUCUAUGACAAGUAUCUUCGAACACUUGAGAAGUGUUAAUGAAUCUUACGGUGCACCUUCAAGAACGUUUUCAGUUCUCUUGUUUGGAUGAGGUUGAUUAUUUUUCAAAAAAGUUAAGAAAAGGGUGGGGGAAAAAGGGGAACUAGUUGGUGUUUCCUUGAGUGUUCCCCGCGUGUCUCCUAAAAGCAAAUUAAUUAAAUAACGUGACAUGCCGCGUGCCCCAUACGUGUCCUCGUGUCCAACACCCCUACGACAUUCAUUUUGAAGUGUCGGUGCUUCAUAGGCCCCAAGUAUUCCAAUGUGUGCAUGUCGAGUUGCAUGCCGAGCACUGUGCGUGCCCACCCAAUCUGUAUGUGGUGCAUGUCAGGCGAUUCGGUGGGCAAUUGUGGCUAAACCUUCGGCAUAGGGUUUUGGGGGUCAAACAAUGGAGUUCUGAGUUAAGAUUUUUCUUGGGAAUUCAUGGAGUUAUGUAGUUUCUAUAAUUUAAAAUUGUGAAAAAUCUUUAUGACGACUCAAACAAGAGUGGUGUUUCCUUUUCUUAGUCAGCAAAUGACUCAAAAUUCUAUUAUAAGGGUGUAAGGUGUGCUUCUACUUGUCUCCUUAUUCGAAGUGGGCAACCUCAAGGCAACUUGGGGGCCGGCCUUUGGCAUCCAGAGCGGCGUCUUUGGUCUCCAUACGGUUUUGGAAGCCCCGUGGACAGUAUCAUCAAGGGGCAUGUGUGCCGACAUUGCGCGCACCUCCUUGGCGCAAGAUUUGGGAGUUGCACCCGUUAUUGUAGCAUCUUGGGUUGUCAUCCUUGACGGAAUGGGCUAUUGAGGUGCCACCAAAGCCUUGUGUGCCAAAUCACGAGUCACGACAUACGCUUGGAUUUGGCCAUGCUCAUGGGGGUCUCGUGGCUUAAAGUAAGUUGUUCGAUGGCAACGCCACUACUCAUGGGAAUAUUUGAAAGGCAUGAAGCUCUAUGUCAUGCGAGGCACCUUGUGCUAAGCUUGUGGGAAGGUGUAAUGCUACUUGUGGGCUACGUACCAAUGUUGCCUUUCUCGUGCAGCACGUUAGUGCAACGCCUUGGGUGCGCAAUGGCCCUUGGUAGACGGUUAGCAUGUCAAGCGUGCAUGAGGACUAUGUUGUGGGUGCGCAACUGACCCAUAGUCAUGUGUGGGGUACAGGAGAGCCUCGUGACUAUUCGAGAUGUGUGCAACAAGAGAUCCUAACAUGCGUUGGAAGCUUGUUAGCUAGGUCGAGGGCUUAUGCUAGCACACAGUUGGGAACCUUAAGUGGCCCAGUUGUGGGCAACACUGCUGAUAACAUUAAGGUGUGCAGCUGUGUGGCAAGAGGCGUCUUGGCGAUAUUGGACGCUUCAAUGGGGCAAGCGCCUUGCUCUUGCUCUUAAGGCAGCAUUUGAAGUGCAGGACUUGACAAAGGAUUGGGCCUACAUAUGCCUGGGUGGGGUGAAAAUUCAACACUUGAUGUUUGAUGGUUGAAAGAAUUAGGCAGGCUUGGACUAAGUUGGAGUUCGAGCGCAUCACUGGCAAAGAUAUAUUCUGCUGUGCAUUCGAAAGAGUCGGCAUGUGACACCUUGUCAUCCUAAAUUCUUGCGUUCAUUGUAGUUCAAUGCUGCAUAUC